UAAUUCCAGCGCUUGUCAGAGAAAGCUUGAUACUCCACCUGCUCCAGGCUGUGAGACCUUGGGUGGCACAGUCCUUAGUACCGUACAGGAACACGCUAUAUAGUCUGUGGCUGUGUGAGACAGCUCCCGAGGGGGAAUUCCUUUUUACCUUUUGUCUGUCGCCAGCCUAUAUCGGUUCAACUGCUGCACCGUCACUUUGAUUUGACUGUUUCCCCUGGUCAGCUGUGUGCAUUCGCCAAGGAGUUUUCCCGCUCCUUUGUGUCCUGUCGAACUCGUCACCCUUCGUUGUCAUUAUGUCGACCGCGGUUGCGCCUGCCCAGGCUGCUCCGCUCACAUCUCCGCGUAUGACCCGCGAUAUCAGUCCGAAAAAUUGCCCAACACUGGCGCCUGCGUCUUCGGGUAACCAGAUGAGUACCACGCCGCCGCGCCCAUCCGGUGUCUCUCGGGAUGCGUCUUCGGCCAAAAGCUCUCCUGCAGGAAAGAAACCGACCUCACCUUCAUCACAGGCCGGAUCCACUGCGAGUCGAGUCAUCGUGAAAAAGGAACCCCCAUCCUCCCCUGCAAUGCAGUCUCAUACAAGACCUCGCCCUCGCAGAUUAGAUCUGUCUAGUAGCCUUCCGAACUCUGGGGGCUUGUCCGCUCGGCCUCCUGGUGGCCCUAUGACUGCGAGAGAGGGCGUCAACAUGCAAGAGGUCGGGAUCGCUUGCCUGUCCCCAGGAUUUCAAACACAUGAUCCUGUGAUGCGGGAGCAGCUGCAACGGAGCUUAUCGGUUCGGGAUCAGCAGCGCUCAAUAAUCGAAUCGCGUUUACAGAAGUCCGCCAAGGAUGACGGGCCCGACGGAAUAAAGCCGUCUGAAUCAUUCGGCCUCCCCAGGGUCGGUGCAUCGAAGAGAAGACCCCCGCCUGGCCUCUCCAUCGUGCCCCCGUCAGCAGCCCAAUUUGCUAGUGAACGUGUCAUCCAAUCUGCGCCAUUGAAUCAGACCUUCACGGGCCGAAAUGAAGCGCAGCCCUUGACCCGUCAUGUCGUUAACCAAAGUCCGACUCUGGGGUCCACAUCUCACAUCCACCAUCUCCCUGCUACACAAACAACCAACCGCUUGCCCCCGCUGUCUGAUGUCUUUGGAAAUGAGGCGUUGGGCCGCGAUCGCGAGGCAAACCGGGGAAUGUAUUACCCCAGCGCGACAGCUGCCAACCCGCCUCAAUCGAACAAUCUGCCCCCCAUUCCCUCCCCUCGCAUCUCCCGGGAUGCCGCUCAACCUCCCAAGCGCCCCAGGGAGUAUCGUUCCGCCGAGGAAGCUGUCCAGGAACUGUCAGGUGGGCGCGAGGAGCUUCUGCCGCGCAUUGUACAUUACGGCGGCCACCAACCCCCAACUCCACCAUCUCCCCGUGUGGCUAACGGACCACCAAAAUCUGGAGUGCCUCACUCGGAUGCUACGGCCAUGGCGAAUGCGCACCCCCCACAACCAUCAUUGUACCCGUCCGAGGGUACUGCUCGUCGCCGCUCGAGAAAUGAGUACGAACAUGAGCACGGCAGCCCGCCCUUGGGCCACGGCCCCGACCCACAUUAUCGCCCUAACCCAGCCUUGGCCUCUGGCGCAAGUGCCACUUAUGGCCCAUUUGGGGCUGGGAGAGACUCCCCCGAAACCCAGCGCAGAAAGAAGGAAGAAUUCCUUAGUCUCUGCGCACGUGCCUGGGACCUAUUCCAUUCUUAAUCCAUGGUCAAGUUGCUUAGGGUCUCCCUACGUGACCUGAUUUGGCCCGUUUCUAUGAAUGCAUUCCCAAAUACCGUCAACUUUCCCUCAUGCACUAUUCGAAGUGGUCAGCACUUGAGUUUAUGGAUAGGCACGACCUAGCAGAA